GUUUAUUUUUCUUUAGCCUACAGAAAGGAACAGAAAAUAUAAACACCAUUUCUGCUUACUUUAAUGGCGAAAUCGAAGACCAUAAUCAACGCCAAGAAGCAAUCUUACAUUUCAGUUCCAUCUCAGAUAAUCAACUCCCUAUCCUCCUCUUCUCUCCAGUCUCUCUUGGUAUCUCCCAAGAGAAGCAGCUCCGGUAGCUUCUUUUUGGUCAGCAAGUACACAUGUAGAAGCCCGAAGGUGUGGUUCUUCGCUCUGUUUCUAUUCGGCCUUGUUGGGAUGUUGAGGUUGGGUUGGAACGUCAACACUUUGAUCCUAUUCUCUCCCGACCCAGACCCAUGUCUCCAAACUCAACAAAACAUCGACACCAUAGGUCAAAACCACGACUCCUCGGUGGUUUCUGCUAGUAAUCUCGGUCAACCCCCUCACCACUCGGAUGAGGAAUUAGGUGAGUUCUGGAAGCAGCCUGAUGGGAUGGGUUACCGGCCGUGUUUGGAUUUCAGUCGCGAGUAUCGAAGAGCGAGCGAGGCCAUCGUUAAAGGCAGGAGUAAGUACUUGCUGGUUGUUGUUUCGGGUGGCAUCAGUCAACAAAGGAACCAAAUCGUCGAUGCCGUUGUCAUCGCUAGGAUUCUGGGUGCUGCUUUGGUUGUUCCCAUUUUGCAAGUCAAUGUCAUCUGGGGUGAUGAAAGUGAAUUUUCUGAUAUAUUCGACUUGGCUCAUUUCAAGAGUGUUCUUGAGGAUGAUGUUCGUAUACUAUCUUCAUUGCCUUCUACACAUGUAAUGACAAGGCCAGUAGAGGAGAGACGGACUCCACUUCACGUCUCGCCUCAAUGGAUUCGUUCACGUUAUCUCAAGCGGAUAAACAGGGAAGGAGUUUUGCUUUUAAGAGGCUUGGACUCAAGGCUCUCUAAGGAUCUUCCUCCUGAUCUUCAAAAGCUUCGCUGCAAGGUGGCAUUUCAAGCUUUGAAAUUUGCUCCACCAAUCCUUGAACUUGGUAACAAGCUGGCCCAGAGAAUGCAGAGCAAAGGACCCUACCUUGCUCUUCAUCUUCGAAUGGAGAAGGAUGUAUGGGUGAGGACUGGUUGCUCACCAGGCUUGAGUAAAGAAUAUGACGAGUUAAUCCAAGAUGAAAGGAGAAGAUUCCCCGUGCUUCUCACUUCGAAAUCGAACAUGACUUACCAUGAGCGAAAGCUUGCAGGGCUCUGCCCCUUGAAUGCUUUCGAAGUGACUAGGCUGCUUAAAGCUUUGGGGGCUCCAAUGAAUGCAAGAAUAUACUGGGCUGGGGGACAGCCACUGGGUGGGAAAGAAGCAUUGUCACCUUUAACCAGAGAAUUUCCCCAUUUUUACAAUAAGGAUGAUCUUGCAUUGCCCGGCGAAUUAGAACCAUUCGCUAAGAAAGCUUCUUUUAUGGCCGCCAUCGACUUCAUAGUUUCCGAGAAAAGUGAUGUUUUUAUGCCAUCUCAUGGUGGAAAUAUGGGCCACGCAAUUCAGGGGCAGAGAGCAUUUUCUGGACACAAAAAGUACAUAACUCCAAAUAAAAGACACAUGCUUCCUUAUUUCCUGAACUCUUCAAUGCCUGAAGCAGAGUUCAACAGCAUCAUCAAGGAAUUACAUGAUGAAUCGUUGGGGCAGCCAGAACUCAGGAGCAGCAAAGCCGGAAGGGAUGUAACAAAGUAUCCAGUCCCAGAAUGUUUGUGCAACGAUGUACGUUCCCACUCAGUUUGAUACGACAACUUCAUUGCUCAACAGUUUCUUCACCGGGCACUGAUGAUUCUCGGGAGCGCAGUUUCAAGAAUGACUGCAGCCGGUAUGAUCUUUGCGCAAGCAUAUUGCAUGCGUAUGUACUUAUUCAAGGCAAGUGUUCA